UUAUUUCCUACACUUUUAAACUAAUUCUCUUUUUUCCUUUUGCCAAUUGUUGUUGAAACAAUCUUACUCUUGUCUUCUUUCUUGUUGGGUUCAGGGUAGUUCAUGAUUUUGAUUAGGAAUUAUAUGUUUUUUUUUAGUAAAUUACAGGUGGGGUUUGACUGUUUGGUUGCUGGGAAAUUGUAGGAAAGGAAGUGAGAAUGAAAGUUCUGAUAUUUACUUAUCAGUAUCUAGUGCUUGAGAAAAAAAAAAGAAGCUUUACUGAAGUGGGCCUAUAGUUUGAGAAAACGGAAGCUCCACUAAAGUGGGGCUAUAAAGACAAUUUUGUUGAAUUUACAUUUCCUUUUCUUUUCCAUAGUUUUCUCAGUAACCAAUCAAAAGGGUAUAGUUUUCUUGGAGCUUUAUGCAUCUAUGGUAGUGAAAUUAUUGGAUCUGGUAGUUCUAGAUAAUGUUGAACCCAAUGAACAAAACUUCAACUUCUACAGGUGUGGGAGAGGUGACCGGUGAUAGAAUGGAGGAGGCAUCACCAGAGCCUUCUGUUUCAUUCUGGAGCCAAAUUUCCACCUUUAAGACCAGGGCUUGGGAAGCAUAUAAAAGGAAGUCUACCUCACAUUGGGUUCUUCUAUUUCUAAGUAGUGCAGCAAUGCUUGUGGCAUUCCCUGCUUCUAGUAUUCUUUCUCGGCUAUAUUAUUCCAAUGGUGGUACAAGCGAGUGGAUUGUUUCAUGGGUGGCAGUUGCAGGGUGGCCUCUAACUGCUUUGAUGUUAUUUCCUACAUACUUCUUUUCUAAAACCCUUCCUACCCCUCUGAACUUGAAACUCAUUCUUUCCUAUAUUGUGCUGGGUUUCUUAAGUGCUGCUGACAAUCUCAUGUAUGCAUAUGCAUAUGCUUACCUGCCAGCAUCUACUGCUGCUCUUCUAGCAUCAUCAUCCCUUGUGUUUUCUGCACUAUUUGGAUAUCUUCUCGUGAAGAACAAACUGAAUGCUUCAAUAAUAAAUGCUAUUGUGUUCAUUACUGCUGCAAUGACCAUCAUUGCGUUGGAUUCAAGUUCAGACACAUAUGGAAAUAUCACUACUAGCCAAUACAUUAUGGGCUUUAUAUGGGACAUUUUGGGAUCUGCUCUCCAUGGACUCAUUUUUGCUCUUUCAGAGCUAGUUUUUGUGAAGUUAUUAGGCAGAAGGUCCUUCCAUGUUGUGUUGGAGCAACAACUCAUGGUUUCUCUGUUUGCCUUUGUCUUUACCACUAUAGGGGUUAUUGUGAGUGGAGAUUUUCAAGGGAUGAAAUCUGAGGCUAAAAGUUUCAAGGGUGGCUCAACUUCUUAUAUCCUUGUUCUCAUCUGGAGUGCAAUCACUUUUCAGCUGGGGGUACUGGGAGCUACUGCUGUGCUAUUUUUGGCAUCCACUGUGCUUGCUGGUGUUCUCAAUGCAAUAAGGGUACCCGUUACAAGCAUUGCAGCUGUUAUACUGUUACAUGACUCCAUGAGCAGUUUCAAAAUCCUCUCUCUUGUGGUAACCUUUUGGGGUUUUGGCUCAUAUAUUUAUGGCAGUUCUUCUUUAAGCAAAGAAUCCUCCUAACAGUUGGCUCUCAAUUUUCUGGUGGAAACAUUUUCUCUUCUCAGUUGAACAUAUGUUUUGGCAUUACCUUUUCUCCUUUGUGAGGAUAAUCAGGGUUCAAAUCCUUCCUCUCCACUUAUGGUAAUGAUUGAAUUAUUUAAAUAUUUAUAUGUGUGUGUGUGUUGUAGUUCAUUUAUUAUGGUAUUGUCAAACUGCUAUAGUGCUGGUUAAAAAAAAAAAAAAAACACUGCUGCAGUGCUCAAUUUGUACAAAGUUACAAACAUAGAAUUAAGUGUAAUUCAUUUUUCAGAAAUGUACAAGGACUUUUAGUUAGUUUCUUUGCGAAAUUGUAUAUUUAAACUAUAUGAAGAGGAGGGAUUUGUGGAUUGUAUUAUC